UUUCAUUACUCCUUUCAUUAGUUUCAUUCCACAAAUCACCCACACACUGUUGAUUCAUUUUUAUAAAUCCAGAUAUUUUAUGAUAGGCAUAAAUAUGCCUACGUAAUGUCAUGUGUUUAAUAGUCAUAGUUUGCCUCCAGGCUAAAAUUUUUGAUGCUAAGCUUUUACCAUCAUAGACUACAAUCUUACAGUCCCCAUUAGGUACAAGACUAACAGAUGCAUCACAUGAUACAUAUGGUUCUUCUUUUAUUGAUGCCAAUGUUUUAUAGGUUUUUUAAUGUGGCUAUAAACUUAAAGUAUAAUAGCCCCAAGCGACAUGAUCUAAAUUUUUAUACUUAUUUUCCUGUAUUUAUAUUUUAUGCGCGUCUUUUGUCCAAUACUAAUUGAUAGUACAACCAGUGUUUUUAAACGUUUGUUGGCUAGUUGAAUUGUUGCUAUAUUUCGAAAACUUGGCUGAACAUUUCAGUCUGUCAUACCACAUUAAUCAUUUGUCACAAAAUAACUCUCAUACCACUGUGCACUUUCAGAACUAGGUUAUUUUUUUCUAUAAUGUUAAUGUGCUAAUGCAAAAAAUAAUGGAACGAAAUGCAAGUCAAAGCAACUCUAGAAGGGGCAUCCAUGUUGAUCAAUCAGAAUUAAUGUGCAAGAAUGGAUGUGGAUUUUACGGGAACUCACAAUGGCAGGGUUACUGUUCAAAAUGUUGGCGUGACAUUUACACACAAAACCAGCAAAAGUUGCAGCAGCAGAUUGAUCUGGAUCAUGAGUAUGCAAUGAAGUUACAAAAAGAGGAGGACAACCAACAUCCUCCUCCAGAGUCCAUCAUCCCAUCCUCCAAUCCAUCUCUUCCUCAAACUCCUGUCUCCCGUCAUCCCGUUGUAAACCAAUCUCCAGCUCCAAAGUUGGAAGCCUUAGACAGUUCAUUCAAGCAAUUUGAAGACAAGCGAGUUCACACUAAAGGUUUCAGGGGACGAGGCUUCAAAAAGUUUUUUUCCCCUUCAUCUGAACAAACAACCGUCUCACCAUUGGUGGCUAAAACUAAAUCACCUCCUACAAGAAAAUCCAUUCAAAGUCCUUCAAGUUGGCUGUUUGCUGAACGUCAACAAAGUUUUGAAAGCAAGCGAGCUUCAAAAGACUUUGUGGACUUCAUCGUUGCAUUUCAAGAACCUGCAGCUAAAGAUGUGCUCAAGAAAUGCAAGGAAUUUAUGGAUAAACUUGUUUCUAAUAAGGAAAACAGCAUAGAUGAAAAAUCUGACAUGGUUCAAGAUUUUUACCAAGUGAUGGCUGAACGACUGAUGUCUCAUCCUAACUUCAAGAGUUACACUUAUGAGGAAGAUAGAAACAAAAUUAUGGACAAUAUCGAGAAGUUUAUUAUGACACGAAUUUACAGAGAUGUAUUUUGUAAUGAUCAAACAGAUGAUGAAAUUGAAGAUUUAAAAGUUCAGACACGAAUUCGAAACCUGCACUGGAUAACAGCAGCUAUGCUCGAUGCUAAUGUUGAUACAAGCAAACCAUUUGUGUCUGAGUGUGCUGACAAAGCUAUCACUGCCAUUAUUGAAAUGGAUUCAAAGCGAGCUCCACAAGAUAAGUUGACGUGCGUUACACGAUGUAGUAAAAGUGUUUUUGAAGCUAUCCGACAUUCAAAGCCUGACGACACACCGGCAAGUGCAGAUGAUUAUCUUCCAGCACUCAUCUACAUAAUAUUGAAAGCCAAUCCUCCAUUAUUAAAAUCUAAUAUCCGAUAUAUCACCCGAUUCUCCAACCCCAUCCAUAUUAUGUCUGGUGAGGAUGCUUACUACUUUACUAACUUGUGUUGUGCUGUGAGUUUCAUUGAAAACGAGGAGACGGGUUUAAACGCUUCAAGUUUGUCUUUGACUGAGAUUGAGUUCGGUGCUUACAUGAGAGGAGAGAUGCCGACAAGUGAGAAAAGUGAAUUAAAAGAGAGAGAGUUAUGUGCGGGGUUGCAACUCAUGUAUAAGAACCUUAAUGAUCUUGCAUCUCUUCAUGAAAGAACUGAUAGAUUAUUUGACGAAGCUAUGCAAAUGAAGAAAGGAAUACAGCGACACUCACUACACGUAAAAGAACAGGUUGAGAAGAUGCUUUCAGAAACGACUCCUUUACCAGAAGCAGCUUCUACUAAUGGACCACCAAAUUAUUCUCAUGAUGAAACCGCAAUUGAUAUUCGGUCUCGGUCAUCCUCUGCUUUAGAUGAAGAUUUAUUUGAUGCAGGUUUAUUACCUCCUCCACUACUGCCCACUGUAGCACAUAGAUAGUUUUCCAAUAUAACGCUGUUUCUUCUAUACUUUGUGGUGCACACUUUGCAAUACUAAUUCCAUGUGCAUUUUUCGAAACUUUGAAAAAAUAAAAAUUUGUUGUUCUACAUUACUGCAUUAGUUUAUAGUACAACAUGCAUUACACUUAUAGUUUUGUAUAGAAAAAAGUUUGGCACAUUAUUGUUUUGUUUCGAAUAUAUUUUUCCAAAUACUUACUGCUCCCUAAAUACUAUCCUAUUAUUCCUAUUAUUAUUUUUGAUUUCAAAUCGAAAUAAAGAAACAUAAAAUGA